AUGCUGACUCUUGUUUCGCGUCCAGCUGCUGGGCGCACCACCCUACCGGCUGCGCCGGAGGCUCCACAGAGCGCCGGAGCCUAUCCUCUCGUUGGCGUAGAUGACGGGGCGCUUUCGCAGAAUGCCUCAAGCUGCGUUCCAGCGUCGUUGGCACACGUCGUGGAGGCUUCGUGCGAGGCGGUCGCGGCGGGGAAUAAGUUGAGCCUCGCCGCCAAGUCACAGACGCCGCGGGCUGAAGCGCCUCCGACAGAGAGCCAGAAAGAGGGACCAGCCACACGCGCAGAGGCUGCGGCACAGCCGCAGCUGCCCCCGUGGGACGCCUCCGACGGAGACGCACCAGCGGGGAGCGAGCACCAAGAAGAAAACGACAUGUCGCGUCAGCUGGGCGUCGUGGGUGACGGGGCGCGAGGGACAGAGACGCCCGAACCCGCCGCUCAUGUUUCUAGUGACGAACGAGAUGUGGAGAAAGCGUCGUCACUGGCGAGAUUCGCUGGCAACUCCUUUGUCGCAAUCAAGGCACACCUGCUCGCCAGCCUGAAGCGGCUCAACGCGUCAUACACGCGCCUUCACACAUUCACAGACGCGUCGACUGCCGCCGCGGACGGCCCAAGCUCCGCCCCGCUCGCUUCGGACGCCUCGUCGUCGCCGUCAUCGGAUCGUCUGCAGCAGAAAGAUCGUCAAGGCGAGAGCUCAGGAAGUGGCGACGACGAAGGUUCGUCGCGCGAGCAGAGAGGGCGCGUUGAAGUUCGUGCCGCUGCACUUGAUCUCCUCCUCGGAGUGUCGUCGGUCCUGCAGGCCGUCAACGUUCUACAUGUCUCUCAGCAGAUGCUAAACAAGCGCGCUGAGGAAGGCGCCCCUGAGCGCCUGCUCGAGGAUGCGGAAGAGCUGCGCGCGCACCUGCGACGAGAUGCCGGGUUGAAGCGGGAAGCCGAGGCACUGAGCAAGCUGCUGAGAGAGACUCCGCGGCUCGAGGGCGUCGCCUCUCUUCAGGGUAUUCUAUCGCAAAUGCGCAGAGAGGGCAUUCUGGACAUCGACGCCGCCAUCUCGGCUGCGAUAAGCGACAAGUCUCGCGUCGUGGCGAGGACAGGAGACGUGUUUGCUGAGCUGCUCACCUCGGACUCCAUCAAAGAAAAGACGGGAGGCAAGGUGGAGGCUCAAGCAGAGGCGACCGGUGAAGCCGGCGGACAGAGCCAGGCAGACGGUGCUGGGGGAGCAGAGGCAACGGAGAGCGACGAAGCGUCGUCGCCUGCCGGCCGCGGGAUCGCAGAGCUUCUGUUCUCUUGGUGGUGUCCCGGGGACGCACCGCCUCAAGAUCAAGAGGCCAGGCCGCGUCGCGAAGCAGUGGGAGGCAACGCAGAACGAAGCAAGAGCACGACUGAAGCGCCUCGGCAGCGGGCUGUCGGUGUGAAACAAGGUGAAAACUGUGGUGUCGCACCGCUUCUCUCUUUUGCAUCACUGACAACGUGUGCCAGCGGGCCGGUUGAGUGGACUUCCUCCGCACGCGAAGGGCGUGAGCUGUCGGAGCUUGAGCGUGCGACAGCCAGCGAGAGCGACGUAGAGGAAAACGUGGGAGGAGGCCGCCCCAUCAUGGGCAUGGGCGUGCCACAAGCUGAGAAGGAAAAGCUCCUCUGCUUCCUGCGGCAAAACCUGGGUGCUAGGCCGCGGGAAAACCGAGCGGAAGCACUCCCUCGAGAAGCUGCAGGCUCCACACGCAGAGGAGAGGACGUAGAAAGCGAGUCCGCCACAGACGUCCGCGUGAGUGAGGAGAACGAAGAACUCGACGCAACAGAGAAGGCGCCAAAGUCCGCAGCAGACGUGGAGGAGACCGGGUCGCCCCAGGGCCGUGAAGACGAGCAAGAUGAAGAGGCGCAAGAAGACGAGAAUUCGGUGGAUGCAGGCAGUCCAGAUGCAGGAGGUCCAGAAUUGAAGUCGCGUGCGCUGUUGAGCGGCCAAAGCUCCUCUUCUGCUACGGCGAGCACGUCGGUCAACGGUGCGGCAGGCGCGACCGCGGCGAAGGAUGCCGAGGACGCGGAGGUCGCGAGAUAUUACGCAGACCUCCAGGAGCUUCAUCGGCAUCAGUGCGCCCAGUUGCUGCGCCUUAGAGAAGCAGAGAAGAGACGCCAGCAGCUUGAGCAGGAGCACGCAGAAUGGCUAAAAGAGCAGAGAGAGGAACUCCAAGAGCUGAGUCAGCAGCUCCAGCGGCCCCCACUUCCCACGGGAAGCAGGUUGAGAGGCGGCUCCAUGCUUUCUUCGCGGUCGUCGAAUGGGGUUUACCGCUUUGGAUCCGCGCCCGUGACUCAGAAGGAGCCGUCGUCCAUCCUGGUCCCUGUGUCGGUGCUCGGCGGCAUCUCCAAGAGCAGCUAUGCCACAAGCAGAACUCACACUCGGGACGGAAAAGGCGACAGAGUAGUGGCCUCUGGGCGCAACGAGUCUGCCUUCUCGUCUUGCCGUCCUGCCAGCGAGACAGCUGUUGUACCACAGCCCAGUUGUCGCGUGCUUUUCGCGCGCCAGCUGGAAGGGAACUCCGCUUCCGCAGGGGACGGCGCAGAGUCGAGGACUCUGCCGACCUGGCAGACGAGUCUCCUUCGGCCUCACACGUAUGCAUGGGGCGCAGGCCGUGCCGUUCCUCGUGCAGUGAUGAAUCCGCGCGAGCUGAUGAUGCGGGCAGCUGCCAAGCUCCAGAGCCUCAGUAAGACACAGGAGGAGACAGCGGAGACCAAGGCCCCCGUGCCGAGUCCGGAGCCUAACGCGGCAGAUUGCGCGCGUAUCGAGACAGCAGCCGAAGAGGCGGGAAGCCUGCGAGUCAGCAAGAAAAGUAGGAACGAUGUGCCAGGCGACAGGGGGAGUGUCGCGAGACGACCUGUCGCCACAGAGGCGCAGGGGCGGCCGCGGACGCGCCCGUCGAUGCAGCGGACGCAAGACGAGCCGCUGGGGGCACACGAGGUGGUGCACCAGGGCAGAGAUGGCGAGACGAAAAAGGUAACGACAGCCCUAACGACCCGGGGCGAGAGUCAGAGCAAGCCCUCGCGGGAGGCGGCAGCCCCUACGGACGCAUGUUUGUACCAAGAGCUCGUUCGAUCUGCCUCCGAAGUCGCGACCCGGCGGCCAGUCUCUGUCUCCUUUGUUGACUCGCGAUCGCCCAAAGGCUCUCAGGUGUCGCCUAGUCUGAGAAGAGUCGCUCGCACACGGUCGCAGUCUACUGAGGGAGGCUUCCACGCUAAGGCUUUGAGAUCCGUUGCGUCCGCGUCGACAACCGCUCUAGGAGAGCUUGAGAGUCCUGACAGACAGCCUUCCGAUCCGGCUACGAGGCGAUUGAGAGUAGGCACGUUGAUGAGUCGUCUGGAUCCGCUGAGAUAUGCAGGCAGCGUGAGAAGGCCUCCGGCGCCGAGGACAGUGGCAAGCUUAGGCAGCAGGUCAACGGGUACUGCUCGCUCUGCUUCGCGGGGGGCUGCAGCUAAAGCGGUGCAGCCAGUUGCCGAGAGAGGCCGAGCCGAAAUUCCGACUGCGGCGCCGGCAAACAUGAGCGAUACGUUAUCCUUUAGUCGUGCAGGGAGUCCAAAGAGCUCACGAGUGAGCACACAGCUCGAGGUGGAGCAGAGAGCCGCCCUGGUCCUUCAGCGAGCUCCGAGUGCUGGACCGAAGGUUGAUACUGAACAAGGAGGUAUCACGGCCGCCCUCAAGCGAAGGCCCUUUCCUCAGGUCCGCAGGGAGAAGCCCAGAGAUGGCCUUUAUUCACUCAACGCAUCCGACGGAGAACGAGGAAAGCCGAUGGCGCCCACACGAAUCCGUGGCCAAGUAGCAUCGUCUUCGGUGGUGGCGCAAGCGGAGGUGACUCGCAGGGAGUCGAGCGCUGCUCUUAGCGCCGAAGGCUCGCGCUCAGGGGAGGUUCAGUGGCAAAAGUCGCUCCGAGGGCCUUCGCAGAGGGCUCCUACCGGGGCAACUGUGGAAGGGAGAAUCCACAGGGACGAGGAGAGUGUAGGCCAUGCCUGGUUGCAGAAGAGCGGGAGCCACUUUAAAAAGCCUGCUGUUGUCGGUGUAAGGCAUGCUCGCACCAUGCCAGCUAACUGCACCUUAGAGGCGCGAGCUGUAGGCGGAGACCGGACAAGUCCCGUGGGUGCAGAGGCUGCCCGCAGCGAGCGUAUGCCGUUAGUAUUCUACAUCUUAAUUGUAGGGAAUUCGAGUGGGAUGGCGGGCGCACUAUAG